AUGGAACUGAGAGUCGCAAUUAUUUAUGCGGUAUUCGUGUCUGCAUCAUAUCCGUUAUCCAUAUAUGUUGGUCAGUCAAACCGCGCUGUAACAUCGAGGAACGACCAUGAUGUGAUGAAAAGAAGGAUGAAGGCUGUUUCUGCGGUGAGUCUGUUCCAUUUGGUAUUCUCUCCGUUAUUUUUGGCAAGACUGGAAGCCACUAGCUGGCUUGAAGGACUAUCCAAGUUGGGCGUCAUACCAGGUCUCGUGGUUGGUACAUCUGUUCAGUUUGAUGUUCGCAAUCUGAUUGCAACAGCAUUCGAUACAUUCAAAGUACUAGCACUUGUUUCAGUGCUUUUUAUUGGCCCUACUUGGCACUAUCUAUAUGAUUGCUUUCUUACAGGCUCAGUCUUUGGAGCGGUUAGGGAAGAUCUUAUCACAACCUUUACAGAUUUUCAGUCUCUGAGAGACUACAUAGUUUCACCGGCCACAGAGGAGUUCAUAUACUCUUCGGUGAUCAUGUCGAUUUUUCUACCAUUUGUCAGGUCAAAUGAAAUAUCAUUCACGAAAGCCUUGUCUGUGACUCCCUUGCUAUUUGGGUUCGCCCAUGUCCAUCAUGCCAUUGAACUCCACAGAUCAGGCAGACACUCUGCUGUGGCCAUAGCAGCUACCACAGUUUUCCAACUGGCAUUCACCUCUAUAUUUGGAUUAUUCACAAAUUUUGUGUUUGUAAGAACUGCAUCUGUUUGGCCAUGCAUUUUUGCCCAUAUUUAUUGCAAUUUUCAGGGUUUUCCUGAUCUUCGGAUCGAGGCCAGCAGAGAUCUCCAGCUAGCGUACUACUUGAUGUUAGCACUGGGUAUCGUGGGAUUCAAAGAUCUACUAUAUCCACUCACUCAGCAUUCUUCUUAG